UUACAUCAGGGACCCCAUCAGAGUCCGCCCUUACAUCAGGGACCCCAUCAGAGUCCGCCCUUACAUCAGGGACCCCAUCAGAGUCCGCCCUUACAUCAGGGACCCCAUCAGAGUCCGCCCUUACAUCAGGGACCCCAUCAGAGUCCGCCCUUACAUCAGGGUCCCCAUCAGAGUCCGCCCUUACAUCAGGGUCCCCAUCAGAGUCCGCCCUUACAUCAGGGUCCCCAUCAGAGUCCGCCCUUACAUCAGGGUUCCCAUCAGAGUCCGCCCUUACAUCAGGGUCCCCAUCAGAAUCCGCCUUUACAUCAGGGUUCCCAUCAGAGUCCGCCCUUACAUCAGGGACCCCAUCAGAGUCCGCCCUUACAUCAGAGUCCAACCCCAAGUCUGCCAUUACAUCAGGAGUCCCAUCAGGACCUCCCCUUA